AUGGCCACUCGUUCAAUUCCAGUAUAUCAAAAGGAUUCCGCUGUUCACAGCCUAGUCACCAAAAUUGUCUCAUGUCUACCGAUCCAUUCCCUUGCAGAAAAUGAUCAAUCGUUCUUCAAAGGAGCCGGAGAAAGUGAUCAUGUUGUUUCCACCGAAGACACCAUAUUUCAUCCCCAGGGCGGAGGUCAGCCCAGCGACAUCGGCGAAAUGAAUCAAAAUAACGAAAUCUCUUUCAGCGUCAAGCAUGCGCGAAAGCUACCCGACAAUCAGAUCUACCACCUUGGAUCAUUUGCAAACCCGCAGAAAUUGUUCAAUGCCGGCGAUGUGGUGUCGCAAAACAUCAACAGCGCCACGCGAAAUUAUCAUUCCCGGUAUCACACAGCCGGGCACAUUCUCGGACUUGCCGUGAAGCAAUUGGAAGACAUCGUUGGUGUUGUGUCGGAGCUGAAAGCCAACCAUGCUCCUGGGAUGGCGUUUGUGGAAUUCCAAGGCCUGAUUGCCGGAGAGCAUAAGGCGGCCAUUCAGGAGAAGGCAUCUGGGCUGAUUGAGGGUAAUCUAGAGGUUAAGGUCGAUUGGUGGGAUAUCGAGACUGCCAAAGCUCGAGGCAUUGCUGUGCCUGAAGGAUCGGCUCCGGAGGAUGGAACAAUUCGUGUGGUGGAUGUGGUCGGCGUCGGGGCGUAUGCUUGUGGCGGAACGCACCUCCCUGAGACUCGUGACAUUGGAGGAAUUGUCGUCAGGAAGAUUAGUAGACAAAAGGGAGUUACUAAGAUCUCUUAUGAGAUUACAGAUGUAUGA